AUGGGAAACGAAGCCGAAGCCAUGAGGGCGCCAGUCGACCCCGAACACCAAACAACGCGCGACGAGCCUAUCGGCUCCAAAUUGGCCCAAGGACAGCUCCCCGUAGCCUCAUCCUCAAGCCACAUUGGCGGCAUCAUGGAACAGGAUGAGGGCGAGUUGAUCAACUUCAAGACGCUGAAUUGGCUUCAGGGAGGUAUCUUGCUUGUGGCAGAGACGGUCUCUCUGGGAAUCCUUUCCCUCCCGUCAGUUCUUGCCACGGUAGGCCUGGUACCCGGUAUCAUUCUCAUAUGUGUGAUGAGCGCAUUGGCGACUUACUCUGGAUUACUACUUGCCGAGUUUCGCAAGCAAUAUCCCUUUGUCAGGAACUUUGGAGAUGCGGUUGAACUCAUUGGAAGGCCGAUUGGCAUGGGUGGCAUCUUCCGCGAGGUCUUUGGAUGGGCUCAGACCAUUGUUCAAAUCUUCCUCAUGGGCGGACACAUUCUCAUGUGGACCAUUUGCAUGAAUACCCUUACAAACAGCACAGUCUGCACAGUCGUUUGGGCGGCAGUUGGAAUGAUCUUCUUCUGGCUCUUCAACAUUCCGAGAACACUGAAGUACACGAGUUGGAUGUCGGCGGCAUCCUGCAUAUCCAUCGUCGUGGCUGUUCUCAUUACCGUCGUCGACGUUGCCAUUGAGAAGCCGAUUGGAAGUGGAUCCAUCGACAUCUUCCGAAAGCUCGGCUUUUCCCCUGCGUUCCUGGCUGUCACCAACAUCGCCGGUGCGUUUGCCAGCCAUUCCAUCUUCUUUAGCGUCAUCGCCGAGUUCAAGAACCCCGACGACUGGCCAAAGGCCCUCGCAUUCCUUCAAAUCACGGAUACCACGCUCUACCUCAUUUCGGCGGUCAUCAUCUACGUCUACGUCGGCCCGGACGUCCCAUCCCCGGCUCUGUCUGCGGCCGGAAGCCCUACCAUCCGAAAGGCGAUCUGGGGCGUUGCGAUCCCCACAAUUGGCAUCGCGGCUGUGAUUUACGCCCAUGUGGCGUCGCAGUACGUGUUUGCGCGUAUUUUUGGCAACACCAAACACGUUAUUAGGAGGACAAAAGUGUCCACCAUUGCCUGGCUCCUCAUCACGCUUGUGAUUUGGGGAAUCGGCAUGGUGAUUUCCGAGUCCAUCCCUGUAUUCAACCACCUGCUGGGUCUUGUCUCUGCUGCUUUCGCCAGUUGGUUUUCUUUUGGACUGCCGGGCAUCUUCUGGUUGUGGAUGCACUACGGAAACUGGUUCUCCAACUGGAAGCAAAAAACAGGCUUUGUUAUGACCGUGAUUCUGCUGCUUGUCGGAAUCAUCCUCUGCGUUUUGGGGCUUUGGGUGUCGAUUGAAUCCAUCGCGAGUGCAUCAACAACAAAACCAUGGACAUGCGCUAGUAAUGCGGCAGAGUAA